AUGAAGAAACAAGGGUGUGAGGUUGAGGCAACAGACAUAAACUACAACAUCCGUACAAAGGCAGCAGAGCAACCUUCUAAAAUCUUCAGAAAAUUUUCACAGUUGAAUAGGGAGGAAGAUGGUCGUGAAGCAGAAGAUGAAGAAAAAACUGAACAAAGAUCAUGCAGUGGAGUUAGGCAUGUCCUCAAGAACGUGAACUGCAUAGCAAAGCCACUAGAAAUUCUGGCAAUUGUUGGGCCAAGUGGGGCUGGGAAAUCAUCCCUUCUUAAGAUCCUAGCUGGUAAAGCUAGUUCACAAAGUGGGUGUAUCUUGGUGAAUCAAGAGCCUGUGGAUACAGCUGAGUUCAAAAAAAUUUCUGGGUAUGUUUUGCAAAAGGAUACCUUGUUUCCCUUACUUACGGUUGAAGAAACCAUAAUGUUUAGUGCAAAGCUAAGGUUACGUCUUCCUCAAGAACAACUAUGCUCCAGGGUCAAGUCACUAAUUCUAGAGCUUGGUCUUAGCCAUGUUGCUAGGAAUAGAAUUGGAGAUGACAAGGUACGUGGCAUAUCUGGUGGUGAGAGGCGCCGAGUUUCCAUUGGUGUUGAAGUCAUACAUGAUCCAAGGGUACUGAUUUUGGAUGAACCAACUUCAGGGCUUGAUAGUACCUCAGCUUUGCAAAUAAUUGAUAUGCUUAAGGUAAUGGCUGAAUCUAGGGGGCGAACUAUAAUCCUGACUAUCCACCAACCAGGGUACAGAAUGGUGAAGUUGUUCAACUCAAUACUGUUAUUGGCUGAUGGUAUUGUGUUGCACCAUGGCUCUGUGGAUUUUCUGGGUGUAAAUCUAAGGCUAAUGGGUUUAGAAAUUCCUCUUCAUGUUAAUGUGGUUGAGUUUGCCAUUGAUUAUAUUACGACCAUUCAGCAACAUAAAAAAUGUCAGCAGGUUCAGCUAGAAGCUUCGUGGCGAUUACCAAGGACAAUGUUACAGGAGAAAUGUGAUGAGCAGGGUGAGAGUAGAAGUGGUAAGUUUACUUUGCAACAGCUCUUUCAACAAUCCAAGUUAAUUGAUGAAGAAACCAUUAGUGCGGGAAUGGAUAUCACUUUUGAUUUUGCAAAUUCUGUAUUGAGAGAAACUAUGAUUCUCACUCAUAGAUUCUCCAAAAAUAUCGUACGCACAAAGGAACUCUUUGCGUGCAGGACAAUUCAAAUGCUGGUUUCUGGACUGGUUUUGGGCUCAGUCUUUUGUAAUCUCAAGGAUGGUAUGGAGGGAGUGGAAGAAAGAGUGGGUCUCUUUGCUUUCAUUUUAACGUUUAUGUUAUCAAGCACCACCGAAGCUCUACCAAUUUUUCUGCAAGAAAGGGAUAUUAUACUGAAAGAAAUAUCUAGUGGAAGCUACAGAGUUUCAUCUUAUGCUAUCGCCAAUGGCCUAGUUUCCUUGCCAUUUUUGCUCAUACUAGCCAUUUUAUUCACAGUGCCUCUGUACUGGCUUAUUGAUCUCAACAGGAAUUUUUCUGCAUUUUUGUACUUUCUGAUGCUAAUCUGGCUAAUUCUUUACACUGCAAAUUCGGUAGUGGUAUGUUUCAGUGCUGCAGUGCCUAAUUUCAUUGUUGGGAAUUCAAUGAUUGCCGGUGCCAUCGGUUCGUUUCUUCUGUUCUCUGGAUACUUCAUAUCAAAACAGCAAAUUCCAAGUUACUGGAUUUUCAUGCAUUAUAUGUCUCCAUUUAAGUAUCCCUUUGAAGGGUUUCUGAUAAAUGAGUUCUCCAAUUCAAAAAAGUGCUUGGAGUACUUGUUUGGGGCAUGUGUGGUGAGAGGAGAGGAUGUGCUUAAACUAGCAGAGCUUGGAGGGGAGACUAGUAGAUGGAAGAAUGUUGGGGUGAUGGUGUGCUUCAUCCUGGUUUCCAGGUUCAUUUAUUUUGUAAUUCUUAGGUACAGAUGCUCACAAGGAAUCAUUCUAAAAAGUUGAUGACUCUCUCACUCUCGAGAGGGUUGGUUCACAUCACUCGGAUUUAUCUGCAAAGAGGAAACAAAGAUGUAGAAUCAUAUCAACAAGCAAAAAAUGUAAAAAGACAACAAAAAUGAUAUUGUGGUUGUUUCUGUUUUCAAGCAUUACUUAAUUCACA